AUGAAUGAGCGAACAAGAUUGCUACAAUCUUCAGGCAGCACUACGAAUCACAAUGCCUCUUCCACAGAAAGUAACCAGAAUGCGUGGUACUUUUCACAUAGUACCAGGAAAUGGAUAGCAGAAGCAUAUAAUAUAUGGAAAAUUCCUUUCCUUUGCUAUGUCUUUGCAUUGGCUGUGGACAUGGCAGAUGUCGUGCGUCUAACGCCGAAGACUCAACUGUUCGAGACGAUAAUAUGCAAUGGAUACUACCAUGGCAAUGGGCUCGAUAGUACGAUACCCUCGGGUAUCACAACUAACCCAUGCAAGAGUAGCGAGGUUCAGAGCCGGCUAGCAACUAUAAAAGCUCGCCUGAAAGUCAUUGAGAAUAUAUUUGCAUUAAUGCUUGCAAUACCAUUUGGGAACCUCGCGAACAAAAGGGGCAGAGUCUUCGUCCUUGGUUUGGGAACUAUAGGGCAGAUGUUGUCCGAAAUUUGGGUCUUGAUAGUGAGUUUGGCGGGAGGUUCAAUUCCCUAUGAAUCGAUAUAUAUAUCGUCUAUCCUCAAAUCAUCCGGGGGUGGAGGGAUCGUUAUUGCAGCUGUCGCACAUACAAUUCUUUCUGAUGUUGUUCCGUCAGAUCGGCGAGCACAAGCUUUCUUAUACCUGGCAUCCGCCCUUCUCAUCACAGAAAUGGUUGCCCCGGUUCUGGCCUCUCAACUGAUGCAGAAUUGGAAUGUAUACGCUCCUCUGGUCCUUGGUUUGGUAUUCGAACUGUUCGGAGGUGCCGUGCUUUUUAUGGUCCCUGAGACAGUAAAACGGGUACAGGAUGGGGGAGAUCCCUCGAUAGACGACGAUUCUUUUGGAUCCUGCAGUGAAGAAAGAGAAAGAUAUAGCUUUUGGUCAGGUGUGAAGACAACCAUCAAGCAUAUUAUUGCCCCCUUUGUCCUUGUCUGGAAGAUGAUCAGGGCCGACCGCAACAUCCUCUUCGUGGCCACUUCAUUCUUGGUACUGUCACUGGGGCGUAACACCCUGGAGUUUCUGAUUCAGUAUACAUCUAAACGCUUCGACUGGACUCUUGCUGAGGCAAACUAUUUGAUAUCUUUCAGGGCGGCAAUCAAUCUCUUUCUCUUUCUCGCUAUUCUUCCUGCAUCAGCUAGGUUUCUCACCAGCAGGGGAAUGCAGUCUGCGCAGAUGGACUUAUGGAUUGCUCGAGUAAGCUCCAUAUUCAGCAUUAUAGGUCCGAUAAUGAUGGGCAUUUCGCCGUCUCCUGGAGUCCUAAUCUUGUCUCUUUUGUUGUUUACCUUCUCAUUCGGUUUCCAUCCUGCAAUAAAAUCCUAUGCCACUUCACUGGUAUUGCCGAACGAUGUGGCAACUCUCUAUGCAUCAUUUGCCGUUAUUAGCAUCAUAGGAGAACUAACUGCUUCUCCUUUAAUUGCAGCAACUUUCAGUCUGGGCUUAAGUAUUGGAGGGGCUGCACUGGGUCUCCCAUUUUUCGUGACGGCAGUACUUUUUCUUGUCUGUGGAUUCGGUUCUUUUUGUGCCCGGAUGCCAAACUUUGACGAUGAGUUGUAG